AUGAAACCUUACACUCAGAAGACACAUGCUUCUGAGCUUGAGAGAGACCCUCAGGCACAAAGUCAGGCAGUAGGCCUGGUGGGUGAGCCAAUGCCUCCGACUGUGGAGGCUUCUAAUUCACUGAUACCCUUUGCCCAAAGGGACAUGUCAGAAGGUCUCCAGGGUGAGGUAGUUAGGGAGACUAAUGAAGAGCAGAGAUCCAGUGAUCAGGCAAGAGAAGAACUGCCCCUGCACAACGAGAAGACCCUGCAUUCCAUCCUACGCAAAGGGGCAACAUCAUUGAUACCAUUUCUGCUAUCUAAGUAUUGGUCAAGCCAGACAGUUUCUCGCAUUGAUAUGCUGAAUCACAUCAGGAGAGGUCACAGGCGUUACUUCCCUCAGAUCUUUGAAAAAGCUUCUGUAUUGAUGCAACUCCUGUUUGGCCUUGAUAUAAGAGAAGUAGAUCCUAUUCUCCACAUAUAUGUGCUAUACGUAGCAGCUGGGAUCACUUACAAUGGUAUGCUUAGCGACGUGCAGGGUUUGCCCAAGUCAGGCCUGCUGAUAAUCGUCCUCUGUAUCAUCUUUAUGGAAGGCAAUCGUGCCACUGAUGAUGACAUCUGGCAUGUGCUUAGUAACAUGGAAGUGUAUCCUGACCGAGAACACUUCAUUUACGGAAACCCUAGGAAACUGCUUAUGGAAGAUUUUGUAUGGGAGCAAUACCUAGAAUAUCAGCAGGUUCCCGGCAGUGAUCCUAUCAUCUAUGAGUUUACCUGGGGCCCAAGAGCUUAUGCAGAAACUUCAAAAAUGAAAGUCUUGGAACACUGGGCCAAAUUCAGCAAAGUUGACCCUAGGUCCUUUGAAUUUCUGUAUGAAGAAGCUUUACAAGAAGAACAGGGAGCAAGUGGCCAUGCUAUGGCUUCUUCAGUAGAAGAGUGA